CAUGAAUGUGUCUUCUAGCAUCUGCACGGCAGAGAUGCCUUAUAGGUUCGUCCCCCGUCUUAAAGGGCUGUACAUCGCCACCGAGCUCAUCAUCGCCGUUCUGGCCAUCAUCGGAAACUUCCUGGUUUGCCUGGCUGUCACCCGCAACAAGAAGCUUCGCACUGUCACCAACUACUUUCUGGUUUCACUGGCGGUGGCGGACAUCCUGGUGGGCUUGGUGGCCAUUCCCUGUGCAGUGCUGACGGACCUGGGUGAACCUCACCAUAACAUGCCCCUCUGCCUGGUGCUGCUCAGCAUCCUGAUGGUGCUCACACAGAGCUCCAUCCUGAGUCUCUUAGCCGUAGCAGCAGAGCGGUACAUGGCCAUCCUCCUGCCCUUCCAGUACCAGCGCAUGAUGAGCCCCAGGAACGCCCAGUUGGUGCUGCUGGUCACCUGGGGCCUCGGGGCCAUCUCCGGCUCCGUGCCGCUCAUCGAUUGGAAACGACAGCCGGCAGACUCUGACUACUGUAUCUUCACGUGUGUGGUGGACAUGAGCUACAUGGUCUACUUCAACUUCUUCUGCUGCCUCCUGGUUCCCCUGGUGGCCAUGAUCAUCAUCUACUGCCACAUCUUCCUCACCGUUCGCCGCCAACUCAGACGCAUCGCCGUGGCCAGAGGAACCGCGGAGGACGGGAGAGCUGCCGUCUGUGGGAGCAGCGAGACCGGGACAGAGGACACUGGCAGUUCAGCUGCUGAAGGAAGAGAAGGUGCAGGAUGUGAACCAGACCUGAGGAUGGGAGACGUCAGACAGCUCGAGGACAAGAAGAGUAAGACUGAAGUCAAAUCUGGCAACGAGUCUCUGAUUGACACUGAGACUUCUACAGUCUUUACGAAGACAGGGUUCAGGAUCUCCUCAGCUAAUUUAGGCUCUGCUCCCGCUGACCUCCGUCCAGGAGAGUCCCCCAGGGCCAAAUCCAAGACCCGCACCUUACAGGAGCUGCGGAAGGCCACCUCGCUUUUCCUGGUCCUCUUUCUCUUCACUGUGUGCUGGCUGCCCAUUCACCUCAUCAACUGCAUCCUGCUGCUCUGCCCGCACUGUGACGUGCCCAUGUCGCUCACGCUCGUGGCCAUUUUGCUUUCCCACGCCAACUCGGCCCUGAACCCGAUCCUGUACGCGUACAGGAUGAGGUCAUUCCGACACACGCUGAUCGGAAUGUGGAGGGGGAUGUGGAGCGCUGGGCCGAAGCACCAGUAGAGACGCAAACAGCAAACAACUGGAAACAACACUGCAACACAAUCACGUUUCAGGCUGAUGGGAACGUCAUUAGUUGUGCAUGUGUUUUG